AUGAAUUAUUAAUAAGAGAAAAGAAAUUCAGUAAUAAAAGAAAAUAAUGUAAGAGCAUCUAUGAAUUAACCAUUCUAAUCUCCUCAAAAACAAGAAGUUAUUUAAAGUAAUGAGAGACAUACUGGAUGUAUAGAGAGAAUGAGAAUACUAACAUAAGAAUUGUAACGAAUGACAGAAGCCCUUAGAGUAAAAAACUAGGAAGUAUUGUAUUUGUAAUAAGAAUUCUAAUAUGCUAAAUAAAAUUAGGUAUUAUAUUUAUAUAAAUAUAUAAAAGUAAAAUAGUUAAGGUAAUGAAGAUUUAAUCUAAAAAUUGUAAUUGGAAAGAUAGAAGUUAGAUUAAGUUAAAUAAAUGAAAGAUUAAUAAUUAGGAGAAUUAGAAACUGUAUUAAAUUAAGUACAUAAAGAAUUGAAGGAUGAGAGAUUAUAAAAACUUGAAUAUGUUAAUCGUUAUUAAAAACAAUGUGAUGAAGUAGUAAGAUUAUAAAAAGAACUCGAAAAAUCAAACUAAUAAUAAGGGAACCCUAAUGAAAUAGAUUAACUGAAUGCACAUAUUGAUGAUUUAAAUCAUGAAAAUGAGGAAUUGAAAUAUAAGAUGAAUACUCUUUCUAAUAAAUUAUAACAAUAGCAAUAAUAAAUUGCCAUACUAGAAGAUUAGCUUAAUUAAUAAUAAUAGUCAUUCUAACCAUCUAAAUUACCAUCAACUGGACCUAACACAUAUUAAUUACCAUAAAUGUAAUAUUAAUAAUAGCUCUAACCUUAAACAUCUAAUUAUUAAAAAACAACAACAUAUACUGUAGAAACAAAAGGAACUAACAAACCAACUGAAGUCAAAAAAUAAGUAGUAUCCACAGUCAACGGAAAAACAGAUGUUUAUGAAUAUUCUUCUCUUUAAGACCCUCUUAAUCCUAGAGAGUCUAUUAGCACUAAAUUAAAUUAGAUUAAUUAAAAAGUUAACUAGAAUUUAGAAGUGAGAAAUUCUCAACUCUAAAACAAUUUAUCUGCUUCUUAAUUGCAGCGAGGAUCUAAAUAUCUUCCUGAAACUUAUCAAAAAGAAUUCACUGAAUUCAAAAGCAAAAUUGAAACUAAACCUGUAACAGAGUACAAAACCACAACUGUUACCAAUACAAACAAUAAAUAUUAAAAAUAUUGA